CAGUGGAGAUAAAGAGUAUUAGACAAGGCCAUUAGGACUCAGUGGAUUAUUGUAAUCCAGUGGAUUCACUAUCGGGAUUUUGCAGGACUCAAAUGCAAGGCAAGAUGGAAUACGGAGCUGUAAAAGUUUUCUUCUUCACCCUAUUGCUGAUCAAUGAAGUUCCUACAGGAACUCAUUCUCAGCAGGUGAUCGAAGACAAUGAAAGCUGGACAACGAAAGCUUGCAAUUGUGACUGUGACGCAGACGUGUCCACCACCGAGACGACGUCCAUCAUAUCUAGCUCGGCCUGGAUCCAGGAAAUGCACUGCAUGCCAGAAUGCCCGUAUCACAGACCCCUGGGCUUCGAGGCUGGAUCCGUCACUCCUGACCAAAUCAGCUGCUCUAAUCAAGAGCAGUACACCGGUUGGUUCUCCUCAUGGGUUCCCACCAAGGCCAGACUUAACAGCCAGGGGUUUGGGUGUGCUUGGUUGUCUAAGUACCAGGACACCAACCAGUGGCUGCAGAUUGACCUGAAGCAGGUGAAAGUGGUGUCUGGCAUCCUUACCCAAGGACGCUGCGAUGCAGACGAGUGGAUCACCAAGUACAGUGUGCAGUACCGCGUCAGUGAGAACCUCAACUGGAUCUACUACAAAGAUCAGACAGGAAACAACAGGGUGUUUUACGGUAAUUCUGAUCGCUCCUCCUCGGUCCAGAACCUGCUGCGUCCUCCCAUUGUGGCACGCUACAUCCGAAUCAUCCCUCUGGGCUGGCACACACGUAUCGCUAUCCGCAUGGAGCUUCUGCUCUGCAUGAAGAAAUGCACCUAACGUGACACACUGCCCCAUUUGUUUUUCCCACUUACACCACCACAAGUGGCACUCUCGCCCUUUAGUUGUCAUGCCAUUUCAUGUCUUUAGAUGUGUGUUACACCUACAGUAUUCUCAUCUUUCAUACAGACAUAUAUUGCUUUGUGUAUUACUUAUUAUUCACAAAAAAAAUAAAAGAGUUUACGUUUGGCAAGGAGUAUAGUAAGAGGGCAUUAGUAAUAAUCUGAAGCUACAGCAAGCUGGAUGUGAUCUAAUAAGAAAGGGUGGAGGGAGAUAAGGAAACACUGGUGGUAUUUUCAUUACAUCUGUGUAUGUGUAUGUAUGUGUAUGUGAUUUAUCCUCGUGGUCAUGAUAUAGAGCAAGACUGUCAACCCACAGGAGGUCAAACAUCUUGGAAGGAAGAAAAAAUAUAAUAAAAUACAUUCAUUAUACUCGUGUUUACAUUAAAUACAUAGCAUAAAAUACCACCAAACCAACAACUCAGUCAGUAUUGUUUUUCAUCGGUGUCUGAAGGGAUGUGACCAAACCGCAGGACGUUUCCUAACGUAAGGUUUAAUGUGAGCAUUUUAUCCAAACCUCUGAACCGUAAAGGAAAACCUCACCUUGAAGCACAUUAAGUAUGUUUACUGUAUAUUGAAAUAUUUGUGAUGUGCUUAGUGAUUCUGGUGCUAAUUGUUUGGUGGGUUAUUUGUAUGAUUCCUGUGAGAAGUUAGUAGUAGUUAGCAGUAGUGUGCUGCUCCGCGUAGGUAGAAGGUAUGAAGGAUGUUAUUUCAUAAAGCAUGCGGAGGCGAGUUGCCGUUAAGUCUCUAAACAUGCCAACGUUAAUUGGCUAUAUUUAAUGAAUUAACCUGUUUUCUUUGCUAAUGCCAUGUUAGACUAGCAUCAAUUCCUGUAGUUAACAUAAUUAGCUAGUAUCAGGAGGACUGGAGGUAAGGAUGGAUUUCUGGCUUCCACUUUUAACCCAGUAAGAUUUUGGCACAUUACUGAUACUUUUACUUAACUAUACACUAACUCAAUCAUGUAGCAGCAGCACAAUGCGUAAAAUAAUGCAGAUAUAGGUCAAGAGCUUCAGGUAAUGAUCAAGCAUUAAAUGAUCUCUGUAACUUUAAGCGUGGCAUGGGUGUUGGUACCAGAUGGGCUGGUUUGAGUAUCUCAGAAACUGCUGAUCUCUUGACAAUUUCACACACACAAGUCUCUAGAGUUCAUAGAGAAUGGUGCGAAAAACAAAAAGCAUUGAGUAAGUGACAGUUCUGUGAGUGGAAACGCCUUGUUGAUGAGAGAGGUCAGAGGAAAACAGGCAGAUUGGUACAUUCUCGAACCGUGGUGAUCAGAAAAGCAUCUCAGCAUGAGCAAAACAUCAACCCUUGAGGUGGAUGGGCUACAACAGCAGAAGACCACAUCAGGUUCUACUUCUGUGAAUAUCCUGGGAACAGACGCACCCAAACUCACUCACCAUUCUGUAUAAACUCUAGAAAAUCCCAGGAGAUUAGCAGUUUCUGAAAUACUCGAACCAGCCCAUCUGGUACCAGAGAUCAUACUUUUUCUUCACUCUGAUAUUUGAUGUGAACAUUAACUGACGCUCUUGACCUGUAUUUGCAUGUUGCGCUGCUGUCACUUGAUUGGCUGAUUAGAUAACUGCAUAAAUGAACAGGUGUACAGGUGUUCCUAUUAAAGUGACAGAUGAGUGUAUAUUCUUAGUACAUUUUCCACCCCUGAAGAUGACCGUGACACCCUGGUGACAGGGAGGGGGAAUGACAGCACUCUGUUUUAGAGAGCAGUGCUUUAUUUUAUUAUUACAUAAACGUUUCAGCUUGAUUCCACAUGAGCGAAAAACGUCAACAACUUAAUAUACAGUCAACACAAAGAGCAGGACACGUCUGUAGCUCCACUCUCAGCUCCAAGAAACGUGGUUCUCUCUCACUGCAAUACACCGAGCAGCACAGGUUACCUGCUUUUGUUCUCCAUGAUUCCUCCCCUGCUUUGGCCACGCCCCCUCUUCCACAGUCACCAUGUGGAACCUUACAACCAGGUACUCACAGAAUUAUUAUUAUGUCUGCUUCCAAAACGCUGACUCAUCAGUUUAUAACAGGUAUGUUAAGAGUAGGGAUAACAUUUGCAGUGCAGGAUUAAGGGUGCAACACUGCUGUAAAGAUGUUCUUUGUGUUUGACUGUGCAAUGGCUGUAUUUUUCAGAUUAUUUAGAGAUGUUUAAUUGUGGUCAUGUGAUGAAAAAAAUCCCUGGAAUAAAGCAAAAAGCCUUUUAUUGGAAUGCAUGAAUGGGGUUCAUUCUUUACUUACCAUUUACAGUACCAAUCAUUCAGUGAAAUAAUAAAUUAAAUGGCGUGAAUUC